UUUUCAUUCUCCUACAUCUCAUUCUCCCUCUGUUCCUUCACUCGAUGCAGGACACCUUUGAGAGCGCUCUAUAGACUCACGUCGAUUGAUCUUUCAUUUUCUUUUUGAAGUCAUCUUUUGAAACUUGAUUGUUUCUUACUUGCUUGACCAUACCCUCUUCUCGUCGAUUCAGUUCUGACCUGCUUAGACUUUAAAGAAGAGUACGAACGUUUACGUAUCUCAGCCAUCAACCACGCGUUUUUUUCUUUAGAAAAUCACAAAUUCUGCUUCCGGGCCUCAGAUUAAAAGGAAGAUUGCGAUCUCAACCAAGGCCUUCCUUAGUAGAUUUUGUAUAACUUGUAAUUAUCAGCAUGAUUACUAAAAGAGAGAAGAUGGGCUCACGAGCCAGGUCAGACUCCCACCUCUUCACUUCGACAUUACCAACUAAUCUUUCAGCUACUGCUCGACGACAUCCCAAGCGAUACUGUGACCUCCGGCCCGCCUCUCAACUCUUACUUCACUCACUUGUCAUCAAGGACGCUCCAUCUGAACCUUCGAUCGUCACCAAAUCAAAACGAACUACAGCUAGCUUUCAAGUCUUCUGCGACAGCCCUACUUCCGAUUCCCAACCCAAUCCAGCCAAACAGCGUUCAACUCAGCUUAAGGAAGCUACCCCAACUGUCUACCUACCUUUGCAACCCAAAGCAGAGGCACCAAACGCGAUGCUAGGCGAUAAGGAAAACGCGGUUCCAGAGUUUGACCAAAUCUUACUUCCACUCAAGCGUCCAUUUGCUAGACCGAAGCUUAAUUCCAUCUUGACCGAGAAGAAACCAGUCCUCAAGUCAACAAUUGGCAAGGACCGCUGGGGUGGUAAGACACCGUUUGCGCCUUGCUCGCCAAUAGUACCGUCUCGUAUGAUCCACCAACACUCAUUACCCAAGAACCGCCGUACCCAGCCUUCAACACGCGGCUCUCUUCUUGACACUACCCUCUUUUGUCCUACUGCUACAUCCUCCGCAUCCUCCUCAUCAUCGUCAUCACCUAUCACACUGGAUGAUCUCAGACCCGAACCCAUCCAAGAAGUCAUAUCUUUGGUGUCUCAAUUAGAAGUUGAUCUAACAAAACAGGAUGACGAUGAACACGAGAUGCUAGAUCCACUACCCGUUGAUACUGUCUGCCCAGGAGCCCCAAAGGCAUUGUCAACAAUAACUUUACCCGAUUUUGAUUAUGGAAACGACGAUGACGUCAAAUCACCAGUCUCUCAUCAACAUCAAAUGAGUCCUCUUGCCGAGGUGACUGAAGCGUAUACCGGUCUACAAGGUGGAUGGAGUCCACCUGUAGAAACUUGGAGUCCAAUCCUAACUGAUCUUGAUGAUUCGUUUCCUCCGCUAUUUUUUCAAUCAUCAGAAGCACCCGUGAAGAAAGAAGAUGUCCAAGUUCCUGAGUCUAUCAUCAUUUCUCCAAGACUGAAAAGACGGCGUGAAGUUUUAUUGGGAAUCGAUACUACUAAGAUUAAUCCAAGUAGUACCAUGAGGAAAACUUCAAUGAGGAUCUAA